AUGAAUCCUUCUAGAAAAUCAAAGAAACGUGCGAUUGAAAAAAUAAACACAAUUAGUACAAAUACUAAAAGAACUCGCAAUAAUCAAGAAAUAGCACCUUCAGAUGACCUUAACGAUCUUUUGAUUUAUACAGAUGUUUCACAGAAUAAAAAUACAAAAAAUACAAAUAAUCGCGAAAGUAAUACUAUUAAAGGAACCGAACAAAGUUAUAAGAGUUACAAAGGGAAAAAAGUUAUUACUCCACAACCACAGAUAAUCGAUGAACUUUUGAACGAUAGUGAUAGUCCAAACGAAGAUGACAAUGAUGUUUCAAACGAGG